AUUUCUGUUGAAUGCCCCCCAUAUAAGACCCAAGGUCCAUCUGAAUUAUAUCCAUUCUCUCUUUCCUUCUCCCCAUCAUGCUCACCAAGCACGUCAACCCAGACCGCCUCGUCCAGGAAUCUCACGAUAAGAAGGGACAUCCUCAUUCUCUAACGCAUACAGAUCCCGACGUUGUCCAACACUCGUACGGCGCUCGAUAUGGAACCAGCCCGAUCCCAAAGUACCAUCUUGCUUCCAAGGGCCUCGAUGCCGAAUCAUCUUAUCAGCUCGUUCAUGAUGAGCUCGCGUUAGAUGGGAAUCCCGUGUUGAAUUUGGCGUCCUUUGUUUCGACUUGGAUGCCUUCUGCAGCCGACAAGCUAAUGAAUGAGAACAUCAACAAGAACCUUAUAGAUUGCGAUGAAUAUCCCGCAACUCAACUUCUGCAUACCCGGUGCAUCUCCAUACUAGCCAACCUGUGGCAUGCUCCUUCGGCCAAGCAGGCUAUCGGGACUGCGACAACAGGUUCUUCCGAAGCUAUUCAGCUUGGAGGCCUGGCCAUGAAGCGCAUCUGGCAAGAGAAACGCAAAGCCGCUGGCAAGAGCAUCCAUGAACCUGGCCCUAAUAUUGUCAUGGGAGCCAACGCACAAGUUGCACUUGAAAAGUUCGCUCGUUACUUUGAAGUCGAAUGCCGUCUCGUUCCUGUCUCCGUCGAGAGCAACUACAGGCUUGACCCAAAGGCUGCAAUGCAAUAUGUCGACGAGAAUACUAUUGGGGUUUACGUUAUUCUCGGAAGCACCUACACUGGGCAUUACGAGCCCGUCAAAGAAAUGGCAGAUCUUCUCGACAAGUAUGAGGCUGAGACUGGGAAUUCGGUUCCUAUUCAUGUCGAUGGGGCAUCAGGUGGUUUCGUUGCACCAUUCGCGACGCCGCAUCUGGUGUGGGACUUCAAAAUUCCCCGAGUUGUGUCUAUAAACACCUCUGGUCACAAGUUUGGGCGCGUCUACUGCGGAGUUGGGUUCGUUGUAUGGCGAGACAAGGCCCAUCUUCCUAAAGAUCUCAUCUUCGAACUUCACUACCUGGGGUCGGUCGAAUAUUCCUUCUCCCUCAACUUCUCUCGCCCAGCGGCACAUGUCAUUGCGCAGUACUUCAAUUUCAUUCAUCUCGGAUUUGAAGGCUACAGGACCAUCGCCUUGAACGACCUGGCGAAUGCUCGACUUCUCAGCCGGGCGCUGGAGAAUAGCGGUUACUAUACUGUCCUGAGUGAUAUCCACAGGCCUGCACCUCAUGUACAGAGCACUGCGAAGCACGGUGUCGGUGUCGAUAGCAACGUCGAGAAUUACAUGCCAGGACUUCCUGUAGUGUCGUUCCGCUUCACGGAUGAGUUCCAAAAGCGGUACCCCGAUAUUCAGCAGCGUUGGAUUCAAACUCUUUUGCGUGCGAAAGGAUGGAUUGUUCCAAACUAUGAACUCGCUCCCAACUUGCAGAACGUCCAAAUCCUCCGUGUUGUCGUUCGCGAUAGCAUGACUGCUACGCUUGUUGAGAAUCUUGUCACUGACAUUAUUGAAAUUACUGAAAAUCUCAUGGACAAGGACAGUCCGGCCCAUGCUCUCAACGCUUUGGAGUAUGCAUUUGGUAAGACUGAACAAAAACGCGGGACCUUGGACGCGGGUGCUGGAAGCGAAUCGAGUGGCACCUAUGCGAAGCCUUGUUAAAGACACUGCAGAACGUAAGUACUUGGUAGUUGAAAUGUGUACGAUAUGAAGAAGCCAAAUUCAAUGUGACCGAAUUGAUUCAAA